AUGGGGUGCCGCCAGUCCAAGGCCGACGCCGUCGUGGGCUCCACCGCCGCCGCCCCCACGGCGCGCGAGGCGCGCGGCAGCCUGCGCGACGACCUGACGUCCGACCUGAUCCAGCACAAGUACGUGGACGACAUCACCGAGUUCUUCGACUUCAGCGCCACCAUCGGCACGGGCCACUUCGGCUGCGUCAAGCACGCCGUGAGCAAGAAGUCGGGCAAGGAGUGGGCCGUCAAGGUCGUGGCGCUCAGCAACGAGGUGGACCGCGACGCGCUGCGCAACGAGGUCAACAUCCUCAAGCGGCUGCACCACCCGCAGAUCGUGCGCGUCAUCGGCUCGUACGAGGACAAGGAGCACAUGUACAUGAUCAUGCAGCUCUGCAAGGGCAAGGAGCUGUACGACCACCUGUACCAGGAGCACCGCAAGUUCUCCGAGAACGACGUGCGCCGCAUCAUCCGCGCGCUGCUACGCGCGGUGGCCUUCCUGCACUCCAACUUUAUCACGCACCGAGACCUCAAGCUCGAGAACCUGCUGCUCGAGAACGCCGAAAAGCCCGGAUCACUGCGUCUGUGCGACUUUGGGCUCAGCACGCGCUUCAAGCGCGGAGAGAAGCUGGUCAAGCCGCUGGGCACGAUCGACUACGUGGCUCCUGAAGUGCUGGACGGGGACUACAAUGAGAAGUGCGACCUCUGGAGCGUCGGCGUCAUCUGCUUCGAGCUCCUCUCGGGGGUGUCGCCGUUCCAUGGCGCGACGAUGGACGAGACAAUGGGCAACAUCUACGACGGAGUGCUCCUCUUCGAGAACGACGUGUGGUCCAAGUUCUCCCCCAGCUCCAUAAACUUCAUCAAGUCGCUUGUGAAGGAAAACGUGGACCAGCGACUGUCGGCGGAGCAAGCGCUGGAUCACAAGUGGCUCACUGAAGGUAAUAUGACCAGCGCGGAUGGAUCCAGCGCUGCGCGGCUUCAGACGGACAAGCGCAUCCUGCUGACGAACAUGUUGAGUUUCAGUCAGUGCCGUAAGAUGAAGCAGACGGCGCUCCUGUCGGUGGCUCUCGGGAUCUCAGAGGACCACAUCCAGCAGGAGAUGGCAGCUGAAGUCUUCCACUCGAUGGACCGCACGAAGAAGGGCUCGCUGUCGCACGACGAGUUCUGCAGCGCUCUGGUGGAGUGCGGCGUCUCGAAUGCGGACGCUGGCGAGCUCUUCAAGCGUAUCAACCAGUCCAAAAGUGGCCACAUUAACUUCUUGGAGUUCAUGGCUGCCGUCAUGGAUCAGCGCGACAUUGGCCAGAACACUAUCAAGGAGGCGUUCGGCAUCCUGGACGGCGAGAAGCAGGGCCGCCUAUCGAUUGUGGGGCUCCAAGAUGUGUUCAAGCACUCGAUGGUGGCCGAGGAGGUGAAGGAGAUGAUUGCGUCCGUCGACAGCAAGGGCGACGGGUUCGUGGACUUUGAGGCGUUCAAGGGCCUCUUUGCUGUGCCUGGGUCCCCACUGCCCCAAGUUAUCGAGGAAGACACGUCGUCGGACAGUGCUGGCCAAGCUGACAGCCCGGAGAAACCCAUUCCUACCUUUUGCAGAACGACCACCGAAAGCACAGUGGACAGCACGGCAGAUCGAUCGACUCCGGGUUCCACCCCAAGCUCGGCCAGUAACGGGAAAUUAGAGGAGCCGGAAGCCAUCAAGGCCAAACUCGUCAGCGAAAACGACGUCAGUGCAGACUUGAGCAGGUAG